GAAAAUGGUGAAUGUAAAUGCGCAGUUUCCGUUCAACCUUCACAAUCAGCAUCUGGACGAGCCCUCUCCUUCCCGGUCAUCGCGCAACGUCUCAGGGGGAACAUAUGGCAGCGGCAGCCGUGCUUCCCUUUCGCCCCGACCCUCCCUUAAAAAGUCUCACUCUAGUGUAUCUAUCCAUCCUGAUCAAGAAGAUCUGUUUUCCUCUCCAGUCCUAGCCACAAAUGGUAACCGCCUUCCUGCAAUCUUGAACAUGAGACUAGUCAAAGCGGAGAGACCCACCGGCAGCCAUGGGCCGACAAACGACCAGGGAUGUGCUUUGUCUCGUGGCGAGCAACCCGAAAGAUCCGGUUUUUCUGAACAAGAUGGUAGCUCGCCACCGGCAUUAGCAAACGAAACCCACCCACCCGCCAGUGAAGGCAACCGGCCAAGUCCGAUUCAUCCACAACCUUCGCUUCCUGAGGACCUACAACGUCAAGAGGUUGUUGAACCUCGUUCCCCAGAAAGUUUUAUCAUUCAUGACGCUGGUGCUGUGUCACGCUCUUGGAGAGAUUGAGUACCCUCAUAUAUGCAUUCGUUCCCCGCGCCCAAUUCAGGCGUUGCUAGUUAUCUCAAUGAGGUCGCUUUUUUUUUACCUAAGCAAAAUUUGCAUUUUUAUCGUAUGACCGUGAUUUUUCCUUUGUAGUUCUCUCCGACCUGCCCAUGGUGUGAACAAAGAAGUUGGCUUAGCGGA